CACUGCCAGAUUGUUUACACACGAGUGAAACCAGCUGAAGAAGACAGUAAGAGGAGAAUCUUUGCAGCAGUUAUUCAACCGCCAUGUCUCAGACCGGUCAGGAAGAGGAGCAGCAGCGUCCUGCAGUGAGAGAGGAGGACCUGACUGAAGCUAAGAACAAACUCGGCUCCUAUGGGCCUAUGAAGAGCAAAACUUACGAAGUGAUGGAUGAGUGUGAGAAAGUGGGGAAAGCGGCUCCCUCCGUGUUCAGUGGAGCGAGGUCAGGAGCAGAGACGGUUUUCAACUCGCGCUCAGCUCGACCUGUCAGGAAGUGAUGGGGGGAGACCAGCUGUGCUGUUGGUGGGCUGGACUACGGUCCACUUUGACCAGGUUUAACAAAACCAAUAAGAUCACAUUUAUUAUUAGCAUUCAACACAUGCAGCAGUAAUGAAAUCUAAUUUCCUUUUUAUCAGUUCUUCAACAUGUAUUUGGACACACAUGUGUACUGGCAUCCAUCAGGGCAUGCUGUAGCACCAUCCUCACCCUUACAGCCCUGCUGGGGGGAGUUGGUUCUGUUUAUUUCCUGAUAAAAUUCAGGCUUUAAAAAAGUCAUGUUGCAAAUGUAGCUCAAGCUGUAAUUUUACACUCAAUAAUAAAACCAGAACAUGAAGUGACUUGUCCAGUGGUGCAAUGUGACAGAAUAACUAAAACAUCAUUUUAAAUCAAUUUGAGGCUUUUUGUUUAGACAUUUCUGUGUGUUCUGUUCUGUUGAAUCUAACAGAAAAAAUGCCAUAUUUAUCUAACAGAUUUACUUACCAACCUUACACAUGCAAGCUUAUGAUAAAUUAACCUGUUUAUUCAUGUACAACUUAAUAUAAUUUAACUAUUUUCAUYUGCAGCUCCAUGAUCAAAAUGUGUGAUUGGCAUGAACAGAAUAGGGUAAUUUGAAGUUUAUUGUAACUUCUGAAUAAAGGCCCAACUUUGUCUAAAUUGCUAGUUAAAGUUAUAUAUUUGAUCAAUUUGUUCAAAUUACAUUAUGUACACACCGAAAAUAAGCUUCCUGUUGAUUUUUUUAAAUGUAGAUAUCUUUAAAAUGUUCAUAAGUUGUCUAGUGUGACAGGGCCUCAAGUAAAAUAUCUGUUGACAGAAAUGCAACCACUGAGUAUUUUAAGUGUAAGUUUGAUUUCAAGAAUUUUACUAAUAGUUUAUCAUUUGCCUAAUAAAAUGUGUCUGCAGUCUC